GAGCGGAGCGGGGGAGAAGGCAUAUAAAAAAUGCAAAGGCCUUCGUCUUCCUCUUCCUCCUCACCUGGCAUCCAGAGAGGAAGGGGAGGGAGGAACUCGGGGACACAGAGGGGCGUCCGGAAUUUCCUCUGCUUCCGUUUACCGCGAAACCUCUGCCUUGAAGGAAGAAUCCGUUCCUCUGCUUGAUCUGUAUUCUUCUGGAGGAGAAGAGAAGGGGAAGCGGAGGAGGAUUGAUAGAGCUGGAAGGUGAAUUGGGCACAGAGACGCGCAGUAUUUGAAGCUCGUCGCGAAAUGGAGAAGGAGGGGAGGAACCACUACCACACGCGGGGCUCCUCGCGCGGCGGCGGUGGGGGCACCGCUACGGAGCGCGACCUGCUGUUACAGUGGGGCAACCGGAAGCGCCUUCGCUGCGUCAAGGUGCAGCGCCGCGACGUCGAGGCCGCCGCCACCGCGGCUGCCGAGAAGGCCCAGCGCCGCGCCGCGGCCGCAGCUGCCGCAGCCGCCCAGCACCACCCAACCGGCCACACCCACCGCCGUGUUCUCAGGAACUCAGAAGAGUUUGCAAUCAUGAAAUCGCCAGCACGCCAACAACAGAACAACAGGAUCCACACGGUUGCUUCACCAGACAGGGAGUGCCCUGGUAGAGGUAACAACAACAAUGGAGUUCCACAGACCUAUCCAGAUGACAAGAAAGGCUCUUCAUCAGGGAGUGAGGGGUCCAUCUGGCCAAAGUUUGCAAUCACCCUUUCAAACAGGGAAAAGGAAGAGGAUUUCCUGGUGUUCAAAGGAUCCAAACUGCCUCAAAGACCCAAGAAAAGAGCCAAGGUCAUCCAGAGAACCGUCAAUUUUGUAUGCCCAGGAACGUGGCUAUGUGACUUGACUCUCGAAAGGUAUGAAGUCCGGGAGAAGAAGGUUUCCAAGAAGCGCCCUAGGGGAUUGAAAGCUAUGCAUGACAUGGAUAGUGACUCGGAAUAAAGAAGAAAAGAGCACUGAACAUGAGAAGCUGAAUAUUAGAAAGAAGGCCAGGACAGAUCCAGCAUAUGGAGGUCGAUGAUAAAGCAUCCUGAUUGAAUGAAUGGCCUGAUCAACAGGUCACCAUUUCUCACGAUUGCUACUGGAGAUCAAUUUGUUCCAAAAGGACUAGCUUGUGGAGAUCGGAGGACAAACCAAAUGUAAGGAACUGCACAGAAGAAAAAGAGAGGAGAGAAGCAGGAGCUGGAAUUCCUGAACAUUAGCAAACCAUUCAGUUCCCUGUAAAGCAGCAACGCUGUUUUGCAAAGCCUCUCAUGUUAAUUUCGCACUGCCAAAUAUCAACGUGAUCGCGAAGCUAGCCAGUCCUGGCGCGUCUAGUUUGCCGGGUUAUCUGACAAUAAAAAUUAAUGUGAAUCUGAAAGGGCCUUCCAUAGUUUCUUUUUUUCUCAUGGUGCUGUAUAAAGGUUCAGUGUACAUUCAUUCAGGAGCAUGAGACUGUCCAGCACUCCAGUGUGAGUGGAUCAGGAUUCAGGCAACACAAAUGAUUGCACCUCUUUGUGUAAUUCAGGACAGACAGACUUGUAAAUUUUGAAAGUUUCAGUAGUUUUUAUACAGACCUACCCUCUC